AUGAAAAACUUGGUGAGGAGUCAUACAAAAAUUAAGGUCAGUUAUGUUAAUUGGGAGCGCAAGCCUGAAUUUGUUCGCUAUGACAGAUUGUUGAAGUUAUUCAAUGAGGCCGUCGAUAAUGCCAUGUACUCCAUUGCCAAGACUGAUAGGAUGGCGACUAGGUUGCAAGAAAUUAAAGCGGAGAAUGACUUAUAUGAUGAGGAGUGUCAGACCAAUACGCCUACGGUUGGAGAUGUACAAAAUGAUUUGGAAAGUUUCAAAGAUAAAUCAAAUACUGUGGGCGAUCCAAGUGUAGGGCCUCGGAGAGGGCGACCGCUGACGAAAAGGAAACAAUCAAUGACUAAGCAAAUUGUUAGGAAGAAUACGAAAUCAAACAAAAGGGUCCAAUGUAGUCGCGCCAAUGCAAAGAGUACACCGGAUGUGGAAGUCCACACUCAUGCUACGGGAUUUCACGAGAUUGUCAUGCAAGAGAGUGGAAACGUUACUGUAAGUAUAACUUCAUUUGUACUACAUCUGAUCACCAGAAUGGGUUAUGUUAUUGCAAUUCACAAAAGCCAUUUUGAUACAAGAACAAGUGAAAGAAGUUUCUCCUUGAGGGAAAAAAGAAAGCAAAAGAAAAUCUCCCGAUAUCUUUCAUCUGCUUGUUCUUGUUCUCAAAAUUUUGGAAUUGGGAUCUUGAAUUUGGAACAAAUGGGUCUGGCCAGAGAGUCUCGGUUUCAUGUCUUGUCUGUUAAUGAUAGCAUCAUAGACAGAAAACUCAUUGAGAGCCUCCUCAAGACCUCAUCAUGUCACGGUAAUUAA